AUGACAAAGGAAGGAGUUGGAGGUGUCUUUGGGAAGAAGACUAGACUACAAAAAAGUAACUCGAUUGUUUCGGAAAGACUAGAAGUAGAUGCUCGUGCUAUGGAGGAGAGAUUGAUGCAGCUUCGGGUGGCAUUGCAAGAGGAAAAGAAGAAGCGAAUAGCAGCAUUUCCACUUCAGCAUACAGGAAGUCGAUGGCGUAGUGCUCGAGAAGAUCGAGGCAGUGUCCGGCAGUACGCUCGAGAUGUUGAGCUUAAGACUUUUAAAAAAAAGGAAGGAGCUAGGAUUGGAACAAAGAAGAAGAACAAAAGUUUGGCUUACAAGAGACAUUUGAUCACUUCUCCAUCUUCUUUUGAGGAUUGGACUGUGCCUCAAGUACUUGAGUGGUUAAAAUCUAUUGGUUUGGAGGAACUUCAAAGUGGAUUCGAGUAUCAUCAAGUUACAGGGAGAAUAUUGUUGGACUUCUCACCUAAAGAAUAUGAAAAACUUGGCGUAUUCAGUGUGUCGGCUCGUAAUAGAUUAGUGACCGAGAUGGAUCAUAUUCGAGCUCAGCAGGUGUCGAAAAGAAUGAAAGACAAAGAAGACUCCGAAAUAGUUGACAGUAUCAAUUCUGCAGUACCGAAAGCUCGAGAUGUUUCAGGCAAACUUACACAUUGGUCUCAGAUAGCUCCACUUGCAGAUAAUGUCGUUACGGGUGAAGACAUACAGGCUCCAGUAAAUCUAGCCGAUGGAGAUUUUCAAGAAGAAGCAAGUCAUGCUUCUUUUUUAGAAGCACUUUUAGAGUGGAGGGAGAACGACACGAAACAGUUAGCGACUUCAAAUCAAGAAGAGUUAGAUGAGUGGAUUAAUCCGAUGUUUAACUGUAAAACGAAAGGCACAUGUGGAGGUGCUUUGCUCGAAGGUUCAUAUGAUGAAGCGGAUGCACAUGAUACAUUUCAAGAAGCGCUUCAGGCUUGGCGAUCCAGAAAUGAUGCUAAAGUAAUUUCUGUGGAAAAAAUUGAAAGUAGCUGCACUCCUGGCGACCAACAAUGUUGCUGGCAGUGUUAUCGUAUUCUGCAGAUAGAGCAAUUGCUCCACGAUGAUUUGACAAAUAAAUCAUUCUGUAGCUCGACGUGUCAAGAGAACUAUAAUGCUCAAUACGGUCGAUUAUAUACGAAGUCCGUUUGA